CGGGGGCCGCGCGGGGCGCCGGGGGCGGGGCCUCCCCACAGGACAAGAAAUUAGAUGCAGAAAACUUAUUUCUUAAGUCAGAAGAAAUGGAAGAAAGGAAAAUCAAGAGGAGGAGCCCCAAAUCAUCUACUGCUCACCCUACUCAGGUUGCUAACUCCAAGAAAAACUCAGUGCCCGUCAGUAAAAGUACAGCCUUUUCAAAUCCUGCACCACAACCUGCAGUACAAAAACCAAAGUUAAAACGAGUAAUAAAAGAAAAAGCCAAACCUCCAGGAGGGGAAGCAAAAGGGGCACAGGCAGCACCAAUCCAGCAUUCUUUUCUGACAGAUGUAUCAGAUGUCCAAGAAAUGGAAAGGGGACUUCUGAGUCUUCUGAAUGACUUCCACUCUGGCAAACUUCAAGCAUUUGGAAAUGAGUGUUCCAUAGAGCAGAUGGAGCAUGUGCGGAGUAUGCAGGAGAAGCUUGCUCGUCUCAACUUGGAGCUCUAUGGGGAGCUGGAAGAACUCCCUGAAGAUAAAAGAAAACUAGCUAGUGACUCUAAUUUGGAUAGAUUACUAUCAGAUCUGGAAGAACUGAAUUCAUCUAUACAAAAAUUGCAUUUAGCAGAUGCUCAAGAUAUUCCAAAUAGUGGUACAGGCUGAAAGCACAGCUUUCUUGAUUUGAAUUCUCCCAGAAACUUCUGUUUUUCCUAUCAGUGGAGUCUGGAGUUACACAACAAAGAAUCAAAGUGUAAAUUCAGGUGUUUGUUUUUACACAUUCCUCUUUGAGUAUGGCAUUAUGUCAGGACUCAGUACCUAGAGAUCUAAUUAUGUUUCUGUGAUGCUAUGCUUUACAUAAUUGCCUUAUUUAAUACAAAAAAUUGGGGAAACAUGGAAGUAAUUUCUUCUGCUUGGUGUUCUUCAUAUGUCUGAAGUGAUAUAUGUAUAUAAGUUCACUAGUAUUUCUCCAAUUUUGAUUGAGGUAGCAGUGUUGUUACCUUUCUGAUUGAUAUGUAGACAAUCUGCACACUACCUUCAGUGUGUUUUGUUGACCAGUGAUGCCACUGAAUUUUUAUUAAUUUAUUAUUAAUAAAAGUAAGACUUAUAAAUACAUGACAUGUUUUAUUUAAAGAAGUUGCUAUCUGUUCGGCUAUGUUAAGAUAUUAAUUCUUGUGUGAUUGAAUUUCUUCAGACUUGACUUAUUCCAUUGCUUGCAAUAAUUGUAAAAUGUCACUAAAUUAAAAUUAUCAUACAUGCUAUCAGUCCACAUAAUUGGAUGAAGUAUUGUGAAAAAUCCAAAAUUGCAUAAAUGCAGUUAUUGUUCAAUAAAUCCAAUAUAAAUGAA